CGCAAGCGAGAGAGGGAGUCCUCCUCCUCCUCCUCCUCCUUCAUGUUAUUUACCGAAUAACAGCAGCGUGCUCGGAGAACACGUCCCGUUUAAGAUAAAUACAACACUGAGGACAUGGAGAAAUGGCUACAUGUAUCGCAGAGAGCUUCACAGUGCCUGGUUUGUUGACCAGAAAGUGAAAGCAACGAGUCCAGUGCCUUUCUAUCACCGAGCCGGUGGUGAAACGUUGUGGGGUGUUAGUGUCUGCAGGUAUGGAUCAGGGUGGCUGUCAAAUGAGUGGUGGAGGUGGAGGUCGGGGUGAAGGGCCCGAGCAGACCGGGAUGAUCACCCUGGAGGACCUGGAGUCUUUCUCUGAAGAUCAGCUCUCAGACGACAACAACCUGGACGAGGAGGGGAAACCCAUGGAGGACGACCAGCUGCUGCACUACUGGCAGGACGUGGCCAGGGGACACCAAGUGGAGGUUUCUGAAGAAAUGGCAGAGCCCAUCCAACAGCUGACCAGCAACAACCAAGGACGCGGAAACAGAGAACUCAUCCCUUUCACUCUCCUCGCACGCAAAGAGAAGUGUGGGGAGGUGCUGUGGGAGAAACGUCAAUACAAGAAGGGCCACUGGGCCUGUGUAACAAUGCGGGAGGAAACUUACGAACAGAGCAUCUGCUAUGGUUUCAUGAAGCUAAUGAGAUACAUCUGCCAGCAGAACUCCUUGGAUUACUACCUGGGCAUGACGCUGCCCAUCGUCACAGUGGUGCGCACGAAUGAAAACCAUUCUGUGAUCUCCAAUGACGUCACCGUGGCGUAUUUCCUCCCCGCUGAGCAUCAGGCCCAGCCCCCACAACCUCAUGACAAUGAGAUCGCCAUAGAGAUCUGGCCCGCCACUACUGUAUACACACGGCCCUUUACUGGUCCCACCAAUGAAGUCACCAUCGUUAAUCAGAUCAAUGCCAUGGCCGAACAUCUAGACUCCUCUGGUGUGAAUGGUGUCAAUGACUCGUUCAUUGUGGCCGGCUACACCAACCCCGCUCACAUCAACCGUCAGAAUGAGAUCUGGUUCCUAGAGCGACCCUGA